AUGAUCCAUUCUGCUGACCCUUCGCCCCAGUUCCUCCCCACAAAGUUCGCCCAGAACGCCCUUCAACAACGCCAACGACAGCCAUCGGCGGGUCUCGCUGGCUCAAUCUGGGCUCCAGUUCCCCAGCCGUCCGAGGCGACGUGGCCAUCGACGCUCGAUUCGUUCUCGCGCGUCGUCGACCGUGUCGACAACGAGUACGUUACCAGGACUGAUCACGGAUACCGACGCACAGCGACCGACAUGCCUCUGAUCAGCAGGGAGGACGUAUUUGGCGUCCAGCAGCCUCCCGGGCCAUUGGCACCAUCUCGCCCACCCCGCGACGUCGGCGCCAUUGGCGAUGGCAGAAAAAGGGCUAGUCCCCAGUACACCGAGGAUACGCACGUCGAACAACUGCUGCGCACUCUAAACCUAAACUCCCCCGCUCCUUUUGCUAGCGCUGCUCAAAAACCGUUGGUUAGCUUGGACACGACGCCCAACUCGCCCGACUUCUCGCCCGCCUCGGUCUCUUCAGCUCUGUUGACCCCCACUGACCUUUCGCCUGUUCGUCCAUUUGACGCAAAGUUUCCUGGCACCACCGUCUACGAGGCCAACCCGCCUUUGCAGACUUAUCACUCACACUCUUCUCUGCUGUUCGACAAUGGCGUUUCCGAGAAAAACCAUGACGGGUUGGUCAACGCGAACAACCUCGCUGGGUAUCAUCAGAUUUUCCAGAACGCAGCCAACUCCAACUCGACGGCUUCCCUGGCCUAUUUCGACAACUACACCGCUUCAUCUGCCGCUGCUUUACCUCAUUCCCUUUAUUCCACUCCUGCCCCUCGUCAUAUGGACCUUGGAAGGGCCGCUGCUCUUGAAUGGCGCUUGGCGAGUCAAAUGCAAAUGCCCCAGCGACCCCAGUCCAACGGGGCCGGUCUGAUCCCCGAUUGGAGGGCUCUCGCGGGAAAAGGUUCGCCUGACCAUCACCUUGCUACUCAAGAUAGCCUUCGCUCUUCCAUCAACCUCAAUGUCCAAACCACUCCCCAGCAGAAUGAGCCCAUUAAUUUCCUGUCGUUGCUCCAUCCUUCUUCCAACCCCAACUACCCGCACUUUGUCAAUCGCAUUAUCAAGAACUCGGACCAACAAGCCUCCAUCUUCCUCCAGCAAAAGCUCAAGGUUGCCGAUGUUGAUGAGCGUGCCAAGAUUGUCGACGCUAUCUGUGCUCGAGGCUUCGAAAUGAUGGCUCAUCGCUUUGGUAACUGGGCUGUUCAGCGAUGCUUGGAGGCUGCUGCCACUGCGGAGGAGCGCAGGAAGAUUGUCUCUUGUAUGCGGGGACGCAUCGUCGAGCUUGCUACCAACUGCUAUGGUUGCCACGUCCUUCAGAAGGCUUUGGACUGCGAAGAGGACAUUCGAUUGCUCAUCGUCUCGGAACUCCUCCUCGGCGACCCUGCUCAAACUUUGAUCAAUAAGCAUGCCUCCCAUGUAUGGAGCAAGAUCAUGGAACUUUCUUGGACUCCUCCUGCUCCUCCCAUCUUUGCCUACGUCAACAAGUCCCUUAAAGGCAAAUGGGCUUCUCUCGCUUGUCAUGAGACUGGCUCUUUAGUCGUUCAACACGCCUUCGAGAACUUGGAAGCAGAGGCCAAGGACGGUAUCGUCGAGGAGCUUCUUAAUCAGGGCGCUGCUGUCUUCAAGGAGGUUGCUAAGAAUCAGUGGGGCUCGUACUGCAUUCAACACAUCCUCGAACAUGGCUCGGAAAAGCACAAGCGCAUGACCCUUGACCAUCUCCUCGAAGGCCUCCUCGAAUUUGCCACCAACGAACAAGGUUCCAAAUCUGUUACCAAGGCCCUCAAAGAAGGUGGGAAAGAAACUUUGGACCGGGUCGUCAAGCGCAUGUGCGAGCCCGCAAAGGGUGCUCGAAGGGCCAUGAUCGUGGACCUCGCUCUCUCUGUCACUGGGAGCCAACUCAUUGCGAGCGUCCUGCCCAACGUGGACAAGGACCAACGAGGCCUUCUUUAUGACUGCAUUCGCGGACAUAUCGUUACUUUGCGAGGAUGCAAGACCGGCUCCAAAGUCAUUUGGCUCUUGUACGUCCUCCCGUUAUUACUCCCCUUCGUGGCACUGAUUCGAGCUUCCAUUCUGCCCAACCUCACAGUGAUCGAAUGCGCGCAUAUUAUGGUUACUAGCUUGGAAAAUCGCUUUAUUUCACGGGACCUACCUUCUUGGAAUCUGUUCACCAUCAACUGGUCGCUUGAAAAAACCUUCCUCUGCACUCUGACAUCUGGCCUCUCAACGUAA